UCUUUGCGGCCUCCGGCACCAUCUGCGCUCGCAUCCCGCACGUCGCCGGCGGUGAUCGUUAACUUCCCAUUUAUACCUUUCUAUUUGCAACCGGCGCCACGCCCCCGCGAGGCGGCGGGAUAAAGUUCACCAGGUGUUCGCCGCCUCACACCCGCCGCGGCACACGGGUUAAAAGCGCCGACUCGCUUCGAGGCCACCUCGGCCUUCUAGUUAACGCUCCCAGUUCAUAGGAGGAACAAACGCAUCGCACUUGAAGAUGCCCACCGUCCGCUCCUCGUGACUUCCUGAGGCGCGCGCGAGGAGAGAGCGGGGAAGACACUCGUUUCACAUUCUGACAGCAGCGCGGCUCUUCGGGGGAAGAGGACGCGGCCGCUCCGAGGCAUGGCCGGAUGUUGCAUAUCAGCGGAGGCGAGAGAGAACCAGCGGAUCAACGAGGAGAUCGAGAAGCAGCUGCGCCGCGACAAGAAGGACUCCCGCAGGGAGCUGAAGCUGCUGCUGUUGGGCACCGGCGAGAGCGGCAAGAGCACCUUCAUCAAGCAAAUGAGGAUAAUACACGGAGGAGGGUACACGGACGAGGACAAGAGGACCUACGCCAAGCUGGUCUUCCAGAACAUCUACACGUCCAUGCAGACCAUGAUCCGAGCCAUGGAGACGCUCGGCAUCGCGUUCACUGAUCCCCAGAACCAGAGUCAUGCUGAUGCAGUCCUUGAGGUAGAAGUGGACAAAGUGGAGGAGUUAGAGCAAACUCUCGCUAAGUACAUCCAAAGCUUGUGGGACGACGGUGGGAUCCAGGAGUGCUACGACCGGAGGAGGGAGUACCAGCUGUCCGACUCCACCAAAUACUAUCUCACCGACCUGGAGCGAAUCUCACAGCCCACCUACCUCCCCGACCUCCAGGACAUCCUGAGGGUGCGAGUGCCGACCACUGGCAUCAUUGAAUACCCGUUCGACAUGGAGAACGUGAUCUUCAGGAUGGUGGACGUGGGGGGUCAGAGGUCAGAGCGGAGGAAGUGGAUCCACUGCUUCGAGAACGUCACCUCCAUCAUCUUCCUGGUGGCGCUCAGCGAGUACGACCAGGUCCUGGCCGAGUGCGACAACGAGAACCGCAUGGAGGAGAGUAAAGCUCUGUUCAAAACCAUCAUCACCUACCCGUGGUUCCAGCGUUCCUCCGUCAUACUGUUCCUCAACAAGACGGACAUCCUCAAGGAGAAGAUCAUGUACUCUCACAUAGCCACCUACUUCCCUGAAUUCACAGGACCUCAGCAAGACACGGAAGCAGCUCAAGAGUUCAUCCUGAAAAUGUACCAAGAACAAAACCCGGACAAGGACAAGACGCUGUAUCCGCACUUCACCUGCGCCACCGACACGGAAAACAUCCGCUUCGUCUUCGUGGCGGUGAAGGACACCAUCCUCAGACACAACCUGAAGGAGUUCAACCUGGUGUAGCACAGCAGGAGGUCAGGGAGGCAGAGAGGGAGACAGAUAGACUCAUAGCCACAUCUUCAGUGCCUGCAUAGAUUCAAGCAAAGAGAACAUGAACAUGUCUGACGCAGACAGACCCCUCACUCUGUAGGUCGCGCUGCAUGAAACGCAAUGCGGUGACGGCGUCGAUUCCAUUCUAGUUUUCAAAUGUAUAGAGAUGCGCUGUAAAUGAUUUUGUUUCUAAUAGAUGUGAGAAUGUGAUUCAGUUUUAUUAUAGAUCCUUUAUUUUAUGAUGUCUUCAUUUUCUGUCAUUGAAAACAACUCUUUUCCUGUCUCCAUGUGCUGUAGGAACGGUUCAUACGCUACGAAUUGUAAUUCUGUGUGACAAGUUUUUUUUCCCCAAAGUGCCUAAUUUAUUCACGACAGUAGUUACUGUUUUCUUGCUGUAAACAUCAAUGAAUCCUAGCCAGCGGUUUCCUUCCUUUAGAAGAAUUAAUACUUACUAUUCAGCUGUACGUGCAUUUCUUAAAGACUUGCAUCUUUGUGCUUGAGAGUUCUUGGGUGCAACAAAUAAAAGAAACACAAAUGACA